UCAGAGGCAACUUCUGCUUUCACUGCGCUGCACUGAUUGGAAUAUAAAAAUUGUGCCAUUGCUCGGGCUUCUGCCGAGACAGCUACACACAGCUAUCCGGACUCAUUCAGAGGGACAGUACCAAACAUCUCCGCAACGUGCUCCCGAGUUCAAACCGUCAGUUGACAGUUGUUGACAAAGAACAAGCACUUGAAGCCAGAUGAACAGAAGAAGUGUCAAAACAGGACAGAGGAUUUUUGUUCCUGGAUUUUUUGUUGGGAGUGAACAGAAGGCAAGAGCUUUGGAAAAAUGUUGAUAAAGAUGCCUUCACUGUCCUGUGGAAUGGGGAGUCUGAAAUGAUGGAGAACAGAGAGGAGAGCCCUGCAAAUGAGCGGGCCCCCACACCUACAGAGCGAGGACUGCUCCACAUCUGGCAGUCAGCGGGCCCCAGUGCUCAGCUCUGUCCAGAGAGAGUGCUGCUGUCCAGGCCUGUCCUGCAGGCUGCCCUGGGAGAACACCAUGGACUCCUGCUGAUACAGGGUGGACAGGUGUAUUCCUUCGGAGAGCUGUCGUGGAGGGAUCUGAGCAUCCCGGUAUCUGCUCCGGUGCUGGAGGUCUCUCUGCUGGGGAGGAUGGUGGUUCGUGUGGCUGCUGGUGGUUUCCACUGCGGAGCACUGAGCGAGCAGGGCAAUGUAUACAUGUGGGGGGAGAACACUGCAGGACAGUGUGGGCUGACUGAGAGGGGCACUGUCACAAACAUCACAGUCUCAGAGCCUUGCCCGGUCACUGUGGUGGACAGUGAUGUCGUUCCUCCAGUAGUGGUUCGGGUUGUGCAUCUGGCUCUCGGACGGGAGCACAGCCUGGCUCUGUCGGCCCAGAACGAGCUGUGGGCUUGGGGCAGCGGCUGCCAGCUUGGCCUGGUCACCAACUCCUUCCCUGUCUGGAGACCAAAGAAGGUGGAGCACUUGGCAGGCAGACAUGUAAUUCAGGUGGCUUGUGGUGCCUACCACAGCCUGGCCGUGGUUCGCAGUUUACCUCCACCGAAUACCCAGAAUCCUUCUGAGAAGAGGGAGCGGGGUCAGUCACCUCACUAUUCAGUGACAGAAAGGGAGGAGCCGUUUGCAGUUGAUGCAGGUCACUACUGUCCGCUGGGGGUGGAGCUGACUGAAGUCAUGACAGGCGAGACCUCUCCCAGAAGAGGAGGCCCCAGACGAAGGUUUCAACCUAGGGGAAGGUCAGUUGGCAGCAGCCCUGGCUCCGCAGCCAGUUCAUGUCCAUUUUCUGAAGAUGGCAAAUCUUACACUAAACAGACAAAUCUUCCAGUUGGGCACACUCACCCUCGCACUGAGACAGACGGCAGUCCCAAGUCUCACUCGCUGUCAGGCUGGAGAUCCAAUAAGAACUCUGCGUUCUCUGACGAAAUGGAGAUUAAUAACCUCCUCCAGAAACUCUCUAGUCACCCGUUGGAGAUGCAACACACCGCCGGGCCAGGAGAUACUGACUCACUGAGCAGUUACACUUCAGAUGACAGCUGUGUUUCCUCAACUCCUUCCACGGAUCUGUUGACUUCAAGUUACAAAGAAGACUCGCCAAUUAAGAGUCAAACCAACAAUGGAGCGGCCGUGCCGUACUCCUCCUCCCCAGUGGGUUUGGAAGAUAUUCGUCUUUGUCUGGAGGCGGAGAAACAGGCACUACAGGGGCAGAAGAGCACCAGUCUCACAAAUAUAAACCAGAAGGGGAAAGCAGCAGCAAACAGGAGACGCUCCCUGCCUGGAACACCCACCCGUGGUAGGAAUGGGUCUCCACAGCGACGGCGGCCUUGUGCCUGUAGGCCGUCCCUUGCUGGUCAGACCCAGGCUGCAGCACCGGAGGAGGCUGGAGACGGGCUGCCAUCUCUAGAGACAGAAGUGUGGAGCUGGGGCCGGGGGUCUGAGGGGCAACUGGGCCACGGAGAUCGGCUUGCCAGACUCCAGCCUCUGUGUAUCAAGUCUUUGACCGACGAGGAGGUGAUCAAAGUUGCCGCAGGGUCACACCAUUCGCUCGCCCUCACCGCUCACUGCCAGGUGUACUCAUGGGGCAGCAACAUGUGCGGACAGCUCGGCCACGACAACAGUCCUGUCACUCUACCUCAACAGGCAAAGCUGUCUGAUGGUCUUCGGGUUUGGGACGUGUCAGCCGGUCAGAGCCACUCUCUCCUCCUGGCUGAUGGAGACUGUGUCCAGCCGGUCCUGUUGUAUUGCGGCCAGCAGCAAGAACCAACAUCAGUGCUGAGUGAGAGGUCAUGCCAGAGGUCACCCAACAGAGCAGAUAGUUAUACAGUCAGACCCACCCUGCUGCCCUUCUGCAUGGAGAUGGGUUACAUCAACAGCGUGUGCAGCGGUGGUCAGAGCUGUGCGGUGUUGGCAGACCAGAACGUCAUGGGUUUUAUCUCGGCUAUCCAUGAGCUGGCCUCCAGAGAGAGACAGUUCGACUGCUGGUUGAGCAGCAUUAAGAAGCUCCUCCUCACACCGCUACGUAAUAGAGAGAGUGUGUGUCCGUCGUUAGGUGAGCCAUGCACGCAUCUCUUCUUCUCUCUCUGUGAGAGUUUUGUUCGUCUGAGCGUCCUGAUCGGUCGACACUCCACGUCACUCAGCUACUUCCUGCAUGAUGUGCAAAGCUCUGAUGUCACUUCCAUUCCCCUGGUGACGCACACUGAGCACUUUAUGGACAUUUAUAAAGAGUACUGUUCUUCAGUGGGUAACUUCCAGGUGAUGGGUGGAUUCCGAUCACUCCAUAAACUCUCACUUGAGUGUUUAGGCUCUCAGCAGACCAUGCUGGCUCAGCUGUGUGUAUCAGACCAGUCUGUUAGUGGGGAUGUUGAUCUGGUCUCCUUGUUUUACUGGCCUCUGCAGCAGCUCCACCAGUACAGCCGAGUCCUGCUCAAACUGGCAGCCUGCUACGAUGUGUUAACUGCAGAGUAUCAGUCCCUCCAUCAGGGCUGUGGUCAGUAUGACUCCCUGUCUUUGUCCCUGUUGAGGAGGAAGAAGGAGGCUGAAACCACCUUCCUCUUCUGGAAGACCCACUCUGGAAAAACUACAGAGGUCCUGCGUCUCCCACAGCGCCGUGUGUUGUGUGAAAGCAGCAGCAGAUCUCUGACUCUGCAGAACGCUGGGCGGUUCUCCAACCACUGGUUCAUACUGUUCAAUGACACCCUGGUGCACACACAGGGGGCCAUUCCCUCUCAGAGCCUCUUCUCCACACAUCAUGUCUACCCUCUGACCUGUCUGUGGGUGAAACCAGUUACUGAAGACAGCAGCGGACUCUAUGCCAUCAGAAUGACUUGUCCAGAGGAGAGUUUCACCCUGGUGGCCUCAACGCCACAAGAGAAGAACAAGUGGCUUCGGUCUCUUAACCAGGCGGUGGAUCAGGUGCUGGGUGGUGCAGGUCAGGGGUCGUCGCCGGGGUUAAUAGCAAUGUCUCGCACGACCUCCUACACGUUCAACGGAGACGGUCGGUUUAAAGAUGCACAGUACACCGGGGGCUGGCUGGUAGGACGAGUUCAUGGCAGAGGCACCAUGAAGUGGCCAGAUGGACGGACCUACAGCGGGAACUUUAAGAAUGGACAGGAAGAUGGCUAUGGAGAGUGUAUAAUACCUAACAAACUGCUGAAUAAGCCAGACAGCUAUCAAGGACACUGGAGAGAUGGCAAGAUCCAUGGUUUCGGCAAGUACAAGUACGCCAGUGGCGAGGUGUACGAGGGCUGUUUCUGCGAUGGACAGCGGCACGGUUACGGCAUGCUGAGCUCCGGAAAACUGGCCAAAAAGUCCUCCAGCGUUUUCAUUGGCCAGUGGGUCCACGACAGGAAGUCAGGAUACGGAGUCUACGAUGACAUGACCAGAGGUGAGAAGUACAUGGGACUGUGGCUCGACGAGCAGCGACACGGCAGCGCUGUGGUUGUCACCCAGUGCGGCGCUUACUAUGAAGGGACCUUCAGAGACAACAAGAUGUGUGGAGCAGGUCUGUUGGUGUCAGAUGACGACACAGCUUUACAUGGGGAGUUUUGUGAUGACUGGACUGUCAACGGGAAGGGUGUUUUAUCCCUGUCUAACGGUGACUGCCUGGAGGGCCUGUUCAGUGGAGAGUGGACCGCAGGGCUGAAGGUGGUUGGAACGUACAGCAAACCAGCUGCAGAAGAACCAGAAAACAAAGAGAGAAACCGCCUGCUCAGGGUGGGUCAGUACGUGGUGCCCGCAGGUCAGAGGUGGCUCUGUGUGUUUGAUGAAUGUUGGAGUCGACUGGGCUGUGACGCUGCUGGGAGAGGAGAGAGGACUGCAGCCUGGGACAACAUCGCUGUUACUAUAGCAACAGCACGACGACAAAGCCCAGUUCUCAGUAGGUCUCAGAGUAAAGUACUGGAGUGUUUGGAGUUUAUUCCCCAGCACGGAGAGCCAGUGACCUCCGCAAACUACGACAACAUACGAAGAUACCUCAUGAAGGCGUGUGAGACGCCUCACCACCCUCUGGGCUGGCUGGUGGAGACGUUGGUGACGGUCUACAGGAUGACUUAUGUUGGUGUGGGAUCCAACCGCAGGCUGCUUAGACAGGCCGUCCAGGAGGUUCUGUCCUACCUCACACAUUUCUACAGCAUCGUUAGGUUUCUGUUUCCGGGGUUACCAGAUGAUGGGGGCAUCAUCCCAGACCCCCCUGCUUCUCCAUCUAAGAGCAAUCACAACACUAACAUAGCAGAGCAAGGCAGUGUUAUGGUGUUGAGCUGCUCCUCGCUGCUCCUCCCUCAGCUGCUCCCUCGACUCUACCCUCCUCUCUUCACCAUGUACUGUCUGCAGGAGGAGCAGGAUGAGGCCCAGUACUGGGAGCGCAUCCUCCGACUCAACAAACAGCCCGACCAGUCACUGCUCAGCUUCCUGGGAGUGCAGGAGAAGUUCUGGCCCGUGUGGAUGUCAAUUCUUGGAGACAAAAAACAGAUUGUGUCCAGCAGUAAAGAUGCCUGCUUUGUUUCAGCUGUCGAGACACUCCAACAAAUAAGCACGACCUUCACUCCGUCAGACAAACUCCUCGUCAUCCAGAAGACGUUUGAGGAAAUGACCCAGGAAGUAAAACCUAUGCUGGAUGGUAACUUCCUGUGGUGCAUGGAUGACCUGCUCCCUCUUUUCCUCUAUGUGGUGCUCAGGGCAAGGAUCAGGAACCUGGGAGCUGAGGUCAGUCUGAUAGAAGACUUAAUGGAUCCCAACGUUCAGCACGGAGAGAUGGGACUGAUGUUCACCACCCUACAGGCCUGCUACAUCCAGAUCCAGCAGGAGUCGGAGAUGUAGGAGCGAAGACGCCACACAGACAAACAGCAAUGAAAGCGCUGCCAGGAGCGGCGCGGUGCUUCACAAGCACGAGAACAAAAACCAGUCCAGCCGUACUCUACUGGAGGCUGCACGGACAGAUGGAGGGACUCCUUCUGUCAAACAGGGAGAAGAUGUCCGACACCUCAUUCACUGUGGAUCUUUCAGUAUGUUUCAGCUCGCCAAACUUCAGUCUUUUCUAUGGAUAACACAUCGCCCUCUUCUGGACAUGUCAGAAAACUGCCCUCAUAACAACAUUUGGUAAGAUGUUGUCACUGUAGGUUUUCUGUAAUGCUUUGUACGAAUACAUCAGCUCGAGUUCAAUAAUAUUCAUCAAAAGUAUUUAAUGAAAAUCCCAGACAAACGGUGCAGUUCUCAUUACUUUACAUUAUUUUCAUAUGUUUGUCCUUAAGGGUAAUUAAUUAUAAAGUGAAGUCCCGGUGAGGUGUUCUGUAUAUUGUACUGUAUUGUCUGUAUAUAUAUUACGCCAGGCAAAGGGAGCUGACGCAUCAUGUCACUGAAACGUACUGUAAGUGGCUAGUUACUGAAAAUCUUAAAGAAUAAUGUAGAUUUUAUUUGAAUGGCCAGACACUCCUCAAAGGGAACUUUUGUUUCUGUCUUUCCACUUGUUUAAUUUAACAGUAAAUGCACUGUUGUAAAAAUCCAAUUUGAAUGAAGCCUUCAGCGUUUAACCGCCUACAGUACACUGGAUAUGGUAACUGCAGUGAGAAUGCUUUAGCACUCGUACAGAUUAAUGUGAGCAUUUUGAUGACUGUUCUCUGGUCCCAGAGCAGCAGCAGGAGGUCAAACUGAGCCUCAUCAGUAAACAGAUGAAGGGUUCUGCUUUUCUAACGAAAUACAACUCAAACGUUGUUGAGUUUUACUGUCUGUGUGAGAACAGAGCAAACGGCUUUUAACGCCUCGGAUGUGAUUUGAUAUUUCUUCAUCAGAAGCCAAACCAAAGUCACAGGUCAGAAAUCCUGUUACAUGAGAAAUGAAGCUUCGUGACCUGUGAUGUUAUGUUACUCCAUUUCUAAUUUAGACCCUUUGUUAGCAGGAGAAUUAGUUUAAAACCUCACACUAAACAGACUUUCACUUUCUUGACUGUUUUAAAUCAUUUGUAUUAAUGCAUUUUGAGCGUUUGUAUUCUCCUGUGAUACAAACCCAAACUGUUCAUGAUCCUGCUGCAUGUUGAAACGAACCAUGAAGCCGUUUUUCUCAGGUCUGAACUUAUUAUUCACAACUCGUGUGCAGCCGACCAGUAGGACAGUGACAUGUCACUACAGAGGGAAAUGGUUCUGUACUUUACUUUAUAUAAUUAAUGAGGGAACACUGAUUAGCUAAGCAUUAAGAAAAUGAGUGUGUGCACUGUUAGCGUUUUAGUUUAGUUCAGCCAGGAGAGGGUUUGAAGACGGAUUAUAUUCACUUUGAUUAUAUUGUGUUUUCAGGCCUGUGAGUUUGUGAGCAGGAUUUGUUAAAAACUGCAGAUUUCAGUGAAAUUUGGCGGAAGGUUGACUCCGAAGAAGUGAUGAUUUUAUAGAUUAAUUCACAUUGCUAGUUAGGACAUUUUAAGAAUUGUCACUAUUUUCUUAUGAACUGCUGCACUUCCUUAAAUGAAAGAGAAAUGGCACAUGUAUGCCAUGAUUGUCUAUCACUGUGUGAGUUUCAAUGCAGCUAAUUAGCCAGCUUACAAAAACAUUAAUGUACUUAUUAAUUAACUAAUUAUAUUAGUUAGUUUUGAUCUUUUGAAAUGACUAUUUUUUAAGAUAUUUUCAGAACAUCAAAGUUAUAACUUAAAAAAUAAAAGUUUAUGAUCCUAAAGCAUUUUUAGCUCCCAGAAAUUUUCCCUAUUUUAAGAACCUGAGGAAGCUUCAAAUCACUUUUAAAGGAGCAAUUAUUUAUUAUUAGAAGCCAUUUCAAUUAUUUAUCAGAGAUAUAUAAAAAGUAUAAAUCCUAUGGAAGAAAUUUCCACAACCCUGUCUGGAUAUUAAGCAUCCUCGAGCUUUUAUAUUACAUCUGAAAUACGGAAAAAAGGUCCACUGAGAACUGACGUGGUGAAGAUAUAGACCUGCCUCCAUGUUACUGAAUAUUGACGAACUGAGCUUGUUUUUUAUGUCGUCAGGGUUAAAACGGACAGCCAACAUAAUAUAAGUUCUCUUCAGCGUUACUGACUUGUGUACUGUAUUUAUUGUCACUCACCGUGUGUGUGUGUGUGUUGUGUGUGUGUGUGUGUGUGUGUGUGUGUGGAUAGUUCUCUUUCUUUUUGCGAUUUAAAACCACUGCAGUGAAGUGUAAUCCAGAUGUAACAACUAAGGAUGGAAGCGGACCUCUCUGGUUAAAGGGCAGUGCAGAUGUUUCGCAUGUCAAAUGACCUGCAGUGUUCAGCACGUUACUGAAAUGGUCUAACACUAAUGACUCAGAAAACUUAGUUAUGAUUUCUAAAAUGGUCAUAUGUAGCCUAACAUAAAGCGUACAUCAUUUCUCCUUUUUGGGCUCAAACAUGUAAAACUAGUCCUGAUCUUUUGGUAGAAUCCGACAUUUCGAGAAUAUAACAUGACUGGAUUGAUGACUUGUGUUUAUUAUUAUUUUUUAAGUCUGUGUUUUUGUAACUUCAUACAUUUGUAGAAAUGGAUGAUCAGCGGUACUGAUUGCAGAAUGUUAUCCAAUGCCGAUGGAUUAAUGAGACAUAAAGUGAGAUCAGAAAUGUAAAAUGUGUUUACUCAAAGGGGCAAUAAAUCAGGUUUAAUUCUGGAAAUAUCUCCUUAUCAAUUCUUUAUUCAUUUGAACAAAAAUGUUGAUUAAGUUCUUGACUGUCACUGUAUAGAUUACUGAGUAUCUGAUCAUAUUAAUCCGUUUCAUUGGAGAUGUUGAUUGAAUCCAAGACCUUGUACAUGCAAAGCACACGUUCUACCACUGAGGUGAAUAAACUCCUCUGGUGACAUUA